GCCCCAAUAAAAGCAAUUUCAUUGCCGCGGCUAGAAUUGUGCGCCGCAUAUUUAUUGUGUCAAACAUGGGUAUUUUCUUUUGGACAGAUUCAAGAAUCGUUCUACAGUGGCUUACCAUGCACUCGUCCAGGCUAAACUGUUUCGUCGCUAACCGGAUUUCUGAGAUGCAAUCAACCACGUCAAACAUCACUUGGAGGCACGUUCCGGGCAAGGACAAUCCCGCGGACAUAGUUUCAAGAGGCUGCGCAGCGUCCGAGCUUAUGGAAACUAUAUGGUUUCGUGGACCAAGCUUCUUACGUCAAGACUCAUCUGGAUGGCCUCAACCAGUACCAAAUUCUCAGGACACCAAUGAAGAGUUGGAGCUGCGAAAAGCAACAGUCCUCACAUGUACCGAUAGUGGAAGCAAGGAAGAUGUAUUCGAUGAAGUUAUCAACAAAUUCUCAUCCUAUCGGCGCAUUUUGCGAGUCAUAGCUUUUGUGUUGCGCGUCUUUAAUAGAAUCAAGGUCAACAAAAAGGUGAACUUAGUCGAUGUAAUUCAUACACCAGCAACUGAAUUGCAAUACGCGUUCAAGCACAUCGUAUCACAUAUUCAGCAGAAGACCUUUUUCAACGAAAUCCAGCAGCUAAAGGAAAACAGGAUUUUAAAACCCGAAUUUCAGAAACUAAAUCUGUUCCUAGCAGCGACUAACGGGCCAAACGGUUCGAUAACACUAUUACGUGUAGGAGGCCGCUUAGCCAAGGCGCCCAUUUCACUCGAUGCCAAAUUUCCUGUUCUUCUACCAAAGAAUCAUUGCUUCACGUUGAAAUUUGUUGAGUAUCUCCACCGGCAUCACAUGCACGCUGGACCAAAGGCUCUCAUUGGAAUCCUGCGACUUCAGGCUUGGAUUGUAAACGCCAGAGAAGUUGUGCGAAAGAUUGUACGGCGCUGCACACACUGUUACCAUUAUAAGCCUCGUUUAAUGGAACAAAUGAUGGGAUCACUUCUAGUUGAUCGCUUUCAUUCACAACGACCUUUUUUUGUAACUGGAGUCGACCUAUGUGGACCAUUUUCCACAUCAUACCGCAUUCGAAGCAAGGUGCCAUAUAAAACAUACAUGGCUGUGUUUAUAUGCUUUUGUCAAAAGCAAUCCACAUAGAACUCAUUUCCGAUCUAUCUACUUAUAAUUU